AUGUCCUCUCCUUCCACCAAUCAGUUUAACAUUCAGUCAAGUCUCAUCCCUCCUCAAUCGGCCCAACCAUAUCCAUACCAGUCAAUCUUUGGUGGUCCGAGCAGCCAAGAUGUCAAUGCACAAUCGCAGUCCUACAAUCACCAACGUACGACAGGCACAGCAGAAGUGGAAAAUGACCUUGACAUGGAGGAACAAUUGAUAGACGGUAUCGUCGACCAAUCUGCCAGCGACGAUGGGACAUAUCAAGCGAGCGAUGAGGAGGAUGCUAUUUUGUCCGAAUCCGCUAAAACCGGCAGUGGAAGACACGCUACCAAGAUUGGCAUGCGCUCGACGAUCUCACAAGUACAGCGGAAUAAAAAUAGCCAUCUGUUGCCAUCCUCCUCUCCCUCACCGUCCCUGCCACCUCAUGCACAUCGCCUAAAUAGGUUUCAGGGAUCAGAGGCGACGUGGUGGCGCAUCACUCUCGAGGAGAGACAGAAUGCCCAGGCUCUCGAGACCAUUCGUGCUAGGGAUCUCGCUGCGCAUCUUUACAACGCGUAUGCCCUACGGGUCAGGGCGCGUGGGAUUGCACAGCGCACUCUAAAGGGGAAGAAUGCGGAUAAACUACGAAACGAGGAUCAGCCUUUUGCUCCCCCAAAAAGGUGGACGGCCUGGCCCAUGCCCGCUAGAGAGGUACCUAGAGCUGAUGAGGCCUUGCGAAGGGAAGAAGAUGAUGUAUGGACCUUGCGGCGACAGCCUGACAUGAGACCUAGUGCAGAAUUGGAGGAAUCUCUCAUUGCUAUCAUGCUCAAGACCGCCAAGGAAAAAUUUGAGGAAAGGGACUGGGAUGAACCCGAAGGUGGUCGCUCUACUUCUGUCUUGAGACGGAGGAAAGGAGUCGAUAGUGACCAUCACGAAAGCACGGAUGAUGAAAGACACUACAAGAGUGAUCCUGAAUCGGCAGGCGAAGUCUCGCUUCGCCCUGUAAUCCAGGCCGAUGAUGAGACGUCAAGGCAACAACUACGACCCCUUUCGCGACGCAUAAUCUCCCAAGUCGAUCAACUUCUGCUUAGUCUUCACCACACCCGAAAGAAUGAUUUAUCAUUACCAGUGGAAAGCUCUGCAACCGAGGGACAGACGGAUACCACGGAUACGGACAGCCAGUUUUCGGAUGCCUCUCGAUCGAGGAGAGUACAUAUGAAGACGAACAAAAGCCAGUCGAGAAGCAGGAAGCGCAGGCGGAUAUCGAAAAUCCGAGUUAAUGAUGAUUCAAGUAAAUUUUCAGCAUCUAAUGUCCCUUCUGCUGCAGAUUUACAACCUUCGCGUCACUUGGCAAAGUUCGGCCUUAGAGACUGGAGCCAAGUGCUGGGACUUGCUUCGAUGACUGGCUUACCAUCGGAUGCAGUGAUGCGUGCCGCAAAACGUUGUUCUGACCUUUUCCAUGAGGAUAUGGAGUUUAGGAGCUUUAAGGAAGGCAAGAUGUCGCAGGUUAAGAAAAAUGAAGGGCCACCGGUGUGGGUGUAUUCCGAAAGUGAGUCUCAGGAUGAAGAUUAUGAGGACAGGCAUGAGCGCGAGCCCGUUCCUUCGGCUUCGCCUUCACCGCGUCUUUCCCGAUCGCAAUCCCGUGGGCGAUCACGCUUGCGGCCGAAAUCGCUGCAGGUGGAUUCAUCUGCAGCUAACCGUGCUACAAGCACCUCUGCUCCCGGCACUUCUCCGGUACCACCACCCCCUUCUUCGCCACCUGUGCCUUCUUUUCUCGCUGUUUACAUACCCGAUGGUUCUCCUGUUCCUGAACCUGAAAGCCAACGCGACGAGUCGAUCUCCGCCGCAACAUCUAAGGGCAGAAGGGUCAAGAAUAAGGGCAAAGGGGAGCACCGGAAACAGGAUCUUGUAUGUCCCAUUAAGGGAUGUCAGAGACACAGAAAAGGAUUCUCCCGAACUUGGAAUCUCAAUCUGCAUCUGAAAAGAGUCCAUCCUGGGUACAUCCAGCGAAGCCAGAGUGCUCAAGCUAGCGUUGCUUCACCAGUCAACGUGUCUUCGGAUGAUGAGAUGAAUGCAUGA